AUGGAGGUGGACGAUGUGCCACUGGACGACAAGGCGAAGAGAAUGAGGGAUCUGCUAUCGAGCUUCUACUCCCUAGAUCCUUCAAUGUCCUCCCCAGACACUAGUUCCUCAUCCAAGUACGCCACUCUCGACGCCAUUAACACCACCUCAUUCGAUCCCGACCAGUACAUGCAUCUCUUGGUACACAAGUCAAAUUUGGAAGGGCUUCUACAGAAACAUGUUGAAAUGGCUGCUGAGAUAAAGAAUCUUGACACUGACUUACAAAUGUUAGUAUAUGAGAACUACAACAAGUUUAUUAGCGCGACAGAUACAAUUAAACAGAUGAAAAGUAAUAUUGUUAGCAUGGAGGCAAAUAUGGAACAGCUCCUUGAGAAGAUAAUGUCUGUGCAAUGUAGGAGUGAUGGAGUCAACACUUCUCUAUUUGAGAAGAGAGAACACAUAGAAAAGUUGCAUCGCACACGCAACCUUCUUCGUAAAGUUCAGUUCAUAUAUGAUCUACCUGCUAGACUUGGAAAGUGUAUUAAAUCAGAAGCAUAUGCUGAUGCGGUCAAGUUCUAUACUGGAGCAAUGCCAAUUUUUAAGGCAUAUGGAGACUCGUCGUUUCAGGAUUGUAAGCGAGCAUCUGAAGAAGCAGUGACCAUAAUUAUUAAGAAUUUGCAGGGAAAGCUGUUCUCGGAUUCUGAAUCUAUACAAGCAAGAGCUGAGGCUGCUGUGCUUCUUAAGCAAUUGGAUUUCCCAGUGGACAGCUUAAAGGUGAAACUUCUUGAGAAGUUGGAACAAUCUGUUGCCGGCCUUCAGCUUAAGAUAGAAGAUAUAGGUAAUGCUUCAGUGGAUUCUAAUGAUACUUCUACUGACACAGUUCCUGCUACUGCACAUGAGACUUCUGUUUGUGAGUUUGCGGAGGCUAUCCGUGCUUAUCGUGUAAUAUUUCCUGAUUCGGAAAUGCAACUAACCAAACUUGCACAAGACUUGGUUAACAGGCACUUUGAAACCACUGAGCAAUACAUAAAGACACAAGUUUGGUCGGCAAACCUACUAGGUGUUCUUCGGAUUAUAUGGAGAGAUGUACUUCUGAUGGAUGAUGUGUUACAUGAGGCUGCUCUCUCUGACUAUUCUCUGGAGCCUGCUCGGGUUGCUGUGAAACUGUAUGUUAGCAACAAAUUCUCUCAUCUGCUAAGCAGUAUUUCAGAUGCCCUCACAAAAGCCCACACUAGACAGAAGGAUAAAGGAGAAGAGUAUUCCUUGCAAGUUGCUCUGGAGGGUGGCAAAAAGGCAGUGCUCCAAGGCAGCAUGGAUGUGUUACUGGACUUCCGCCAACUUCUAGAUGAUAAUUUGGGCCUACUAGUUAAACUGAAAGACUUGAUUAUUGAUUGGGUCCAAGAAGGAUUUCAAGACUUCUUCAGGGCACUUGAUGGCCACUUUCUCUUGCUUUCUGGCAAGAAUAGUUCGGCCACUCAAGAUCAGGGUUUGACAGAGGGAAUACAAGAUGACAAAGUUCUGGCUGGGCUUGUCCUUGUGCUGGCCCAAGUUUCUAUUUUCAUUGAACAAAAUGCUAUCCCGAGAAUCACUGAGGAAAUAGCUACUUCCUUUUCUGGUGGUGGUGCCAGGGGCUAUGAAUAUGGACCUGCUUUUGUUCCUGGAGAAAUUUGUCGGAUUUUCCACUCAGCUGGUGAAAAGUUUCUGCACACUUAUAUAAAUAUGAGAACCCAGCGGAUAUCAGUUCUAUUAAAGAAGAGGUUUACCACCCCAAAUUGGGUCAAGCACAAGGAACCCCGGGAAGUUCAUAUGUUUGUUGAUUUAUUUCUUCAAGAGUUGGAAGUAAUUCGAAGUGAAGUUAAGCAGAUUUUACCUGAAGGGAUUCGUAGACACCGACGGGCUGAUAGCAAUGGAAGCACUGCCUCAUCACGGAGCAAUCCAUUACGAGAGGAGAAAUUGAGUCGGUCAAACACCCAAAGGGCCAGGAGCCAGCUGUUGGAAACCCAUCUAGCAAAACUGUUUAAGCAAAAAGUUGAAAUUUUUACGAAAGUUGAGUUUACACAGGAGUCUGUGGUAACAACCUUGGUAAAACUUUGCCUUAAAAGCUUGCAAGAAUUUGUCAGACUCCAAACAUUUAAUCGAAGUGGAUUCCAGCAAAUUCAGUUGGAUAUUCAGUUCUUAAGGACUCCUUUAAAGGAAAUGGCAGAAGAUGAGGCUGCCAUUGACUUUCUGCUGGAUGAGGUAAUUGUUGCAGCCGCAGAGCGUUGUCUUGACCCAAUUCCUUUAGAGCCUGCCAUCUUGGACAAACUUAUACAAGCAAAGUUGGCGAAGACCAAGGAACAGAAUCCAAACUCUCCGUAG